AUGAAUAUUUCAUCUAUUAUACAAAAGCCUAAAGCACCAAAGACCAAUAAAUCAAAGAAAAUUUCCAAGAAGAUCGCAGACAGAAAGAAGAAUCCUCUCUUUGUUAAGGAUGCUAAGAGUUUUAGAAUUGGAAAUGAUGUUCAACCAAAGCGUGAUUUAUCUAGAUAUGUGAGAUGGCCUCGUUACAUCCUUCUCCAUAGAUAAAAAAAGAUUUUAUUGCAAAGAAUUAAAGUACCUGCAGCUAUUCAUUAAUUCAGCAAAACACUAGAUAAAAAUUAAAGUUCCAAAGUUUAUUCUUUAUUGAAAAAAUACUCCCCUGAAACCAAGACUGAGAAGAAGCAAAGAUUAAUCAAAGCUGCAGAACAAAAAACUUAAAAUUAAAAAACCGAUUCUAAAAAAGUAAAUGUUCUUAAAUUUGGAUUGAAUCAUGUGACAACUUUGGUUGAAACAAAAAAGGCCAAAUUAGUUUUGAUUGCUUAUGAUGUCGACCCAAUUGAAUUAGUCGUCUGGUUACCAUAAUUAUGCAGAAGAUAAGAAGUACCAUUUGCAUUUGUUAAAAACAAGGCUAGAUUGGGCGCUUUGGUUCAUCAAAAAACAGCUACUUGUGUUGCAUUGACUGAUGUGAGAAAAGAGGAUUAAGCUGAAUUUGAUAAUUUAGCUAGAGAUUUAAGAUAACAUUACAAUGAGAAUCAUGAAUUAUUGAGAACCAUAGGAGGAGGUCAAGUCGGAAUCAAGUCUAGACAUUAAUAAGAGGCUUUAAAGAAAGCAAUUGAAAUAGAAGAACUCAAAAAAACAAGUUAAUGAUGUAUAUUAUUACAGUAUCAAAAAUAUUUUUA